GAAAACCCUUACUCUGUUUUUUUUUUAAAACCCAUUUCGAGAUUUCAUCGCUAUCCCUAGAAAUGAUGGCGACGCCUUUCUCUCCCAAUCCCCGAAAAUCUGAAUCUUUGCCAUCUCCGUCAACACCCCAUAUCCAUCUCCAGCAAGCCUUCACGCAUCUUCGGAAAAGCUGCAAUGACUUCCUUUCUUCUCACUCUAUCAACGCGCCAAGGCUACCCCAAGUUUCUCCCCCCACUUUUGACCCAUCUUCCUUCAAAUCCCACAUCGAAUCCGCCGUCUCCAAAUUCCAAAACCACGCCCAGAAUGCUUUCGAGUCAGCCUUCUCGGAGCUGCGAUUGCGUUCUGGUGCUGGUAAGAACCCGGCUUGGGCUCGAAUUGGCGACUCUACGACCGCAGGGAGCGCUACCAUGUCAGCCGAAUCCAUUGAAGACCGUCUGUCCGGCGUACCUGUAUAUACACUCAGCAAUUCUUCGCAAGAAUUCGUCUUGAUUUCGAGCAUAAAUGCAAAAAAAGCUGUUGGGUUGUUCUGUUUUAAGGAACAGGAUGCUGAGUCCCUUCUUAAUCAGAUGAAAACAAUGGACCCUGAAAUGCGUGAAGGAUCUAGAGUGGUUGCCGUGGCUUUGAGCAAGAUUUUCGAGCUUAAACUUGAUGGAGUGGCAUUUAGGUUGAUACCCGAUGCUUCCCAGAUACAAAAUGCUCUUAGGAUGAGGAAAAAGAAUGGUGUAAAAGGUGACAGUUUCUCAGGCAUUCCUGUGUUCCAGUCACGGAGCUUGGUGCUGAGGAGCGACAAUAAAACAUAUAGGCCGGUUUUCUUUAGAAAGGAAGAUCUUGACAGCUCGCUUCUAAGAGCUUCCAGUCAACAGAGGAAAAUGAAUCCAGCCCUUAGGGAGGGUGAUAUUCAUGUUGGUGUACUUGAGGAUAUAAUACAAGGGAUGAUGGACAAUGGCACAUCAAUUUGGGAUGAUGUGAUAUUCAUUCCUCCUGGGUUCGAUGUUUCAACUGCUCCCGAUCAACAAUAACAAGGCGAUGGGAUUAUGCUGAAAGUAGUUACUGUUUUGUCUAGAAACUUUGAAAACCAGGUAUAAAGCAAGCUUCAUUAGACAAAGAGUAGGACCCUGUUCUCUUUGAAUUUGUUUAUGUUUUGUGUUGGAUUUGGAAUAUAACUCAGAUUAAUAUGUGUGUAUGUUAU